AAAAAAGAGAACAAGUUGCGCUUUCUUCAAUAUUUACCAGACCGUUUUAUGUACACGUUCGAGGCACGUCUGAACGAUCGACGGAAACCGGGUGGCAUGGGGGUUUGUACACUGGCAACACUGCAGCAUUUAAACGCUCACGACGUCUGCGAAUGAUUUGGUCAUCAGCUCACUUCAUCAGUAGGCCUACUUCAAGCUCGUUUUAGAGUAACCAAAGUCUUGUUUUUCGGCGCCGAAAACGCCGUGAGCAUUUUCGAUAAGGUCAAUUUCGUUCGCUUCUACCCCGUCGUAAGUAGCAGACGAGGAGUGGACACACGCAAGGAGUGGGGACUGAGUUUUUAUCAAUCGAAAAACGAUGGGCAGUACUAAAUGAAAAACGACGUGAUGACAACUGCAUAUUUUUUUGAAGAAAGGAAGAUAGAAAACGUCCUUGACUUUAUUUUCUCGCGUGUUUUUAUUUGAAUUCAAAGUGAUCGUUUCUUGCGUACUAUGAGAAGGACCAACGUGACAUUGAUGUGCAUUUCUGCUCAUGAAAACGUAAUACUAUUGCUUGUUUCCCGCGUUUCUUGAUUUGAUUUUGAGCCAAUUAGUUCCUGCAUGAGAAGGACAAACGUGACACUGAUGUGAAAUUCUGCUCAUGAAACUCGAAGUACAAAAACAUCAACAUGGAUCUUGCCUAUCGAUUUUUCAACUGGACGGUCAUCAAUGGCACGGGUCACUUUAUGCAGCAUGGCAUGAUGAAUGGAACUUACGACUCACCGUGCGACACGCUCGUCGUUGUCGACACGGAGGAACAAGUGGAGUUGUACGUAUACACCCCAUUGGAGAAAAUCGUCAAUACUUACAUUUUACCGGUAAUCAUGGCAGUGGGUUUGCUGACCAACAUUGCGUUCCUCUUCGUGGUUGCACGUGUACAUCGCAUGCGGACCGUAGUCAAUGUAUAUCUUGUCAGUCUGGCCUUCGCUGAUAUCCUUUUCCUCGGUGCGUCCUUGGGUCAAGAAAUAGCCCAUUUUGUCAGCUCACCGCUCUCCAGGGAUCAAGGUAACAUUGAUUUUGGCGUCUUCAUCUUCAUAUACGUUAUGAGUUACAUUGGGUUCUUCACCAGUGAAUUCCUGGUGACGGCUGUAGCAUUUGAGAGGUUCUACGCCGUGUGUCGUCCCAUGAAGGUGUUCGUGGGCAAUGCUGAUCCGUGGAAUGCAUCCAAACUAGUCGCCUUGUCGUGGGUGGUUGCGGCUAUACUCGCCGGUACCACGGUACCCUCACAGAGCCAAACUUUCAUCUACUGCAUGAUAUGGCCGACCGUAGAGCUUGAGUUAACCAUGCCAAGAACAAUGACUUCAUACGUCCCGACAUCGGAGAAUAUCGUCAGGUAUGCCAGUUUCAUACAGACGUUUCCGUUCUUUGUGGCCAUGGCGGUAAACAGCGUUCUCUUCGUCCGUGUAAUGCGGGCCAUGAACGACCGGCUUGGGGUGAUCGGUCGCCAGGCUGCCGGAGUCCGCAAGAACCUCGAAGUCCGCAAUCAAAUCGCAAGGAUGCUCGUUAUCAACGGCGUCAUCUUCUUCGUGUUAAUGGCCCCCUUACAAACCCUGUCUCUCUACUGGUUUAUUAAACGACUGACCGGGAACUUGCAAUAUUCAUCCAACAAGCAGUAUGAAGCUUUCUUGCUGUUCUGCCACAUCCUCUCCUAUUGUAACUCGGCCAUUAAUCCUAUCAUCUACAACGUUGCCAACUCCAGGUAUCGAAGAGCCUUUGCGGAGGCCUUCUCUCUAUCCUGCGGAUCAAGAUGCCACGAGAGCCCAUCAUCUCAAGGCGAGGCUAGGAGGGACCGACGCGCCAUCUUUGCUACCUGCAGCUCCAUGAAGACGACUAAUGGGUCACUCCGCAGUGCAAUGAAGAGUAUUGACAGGCUCACCACAGAGGAGUCUCGCACGUGAACACAACUCUUGCCUUGUCAUUCUUUAAUUAUAUUCUUCUGAUCUUCAGUUAUCUUUUUAAGGCACUGGACACUAUUGGUAACUACUCAAAACAAUUGAUAGAAUUAAAGAUUACUUUAACGAGCAA